AUGGUGAAGCUGAGUUGCGUGAUAGUUGGCGUGCCUGGGGACCCGUUCCAGGUUGAAAUCGACGAAAUAUGUGAGCUGGUGGCGGGUUUGAAGGACGCAAUCAAGAAAGAGAAGCCAGACUCCAUCAAAUGCGAUGCAGACAAGUUGCAGCUCUUCAAGGCUGCAAAAGAGGACAGAACGUUCUCGGCGUCCGGUGCCGAAGAAGAGAAGAAGGACUUCAGAUGGCUGAAGGCUGCCUCAGACGACGUGAAGAAGUUGAAACAUGGCGAGAAGACUGCUGCAAUCGAAGCAGUAGUGCGAAAAGACCAGGUUCUUCGUGGCAAGGAAACUGUGUCGGACGUGUUGAUGGGAAUGGAGUCGCCAUCUAUAAGCCAAAUCCACGUGUUGGUGGUGCUGCCUGAGGAUUCGGAGAGCGAGGGGGGCACUUCAGCUCAACCAGCAGAGAAAGAACGGCUGCUGAAGUUCCUACGCGAGCAAGCUGCGGACAAGAAGCGCAAGCGGUACUGGCAUUCAGAGAUGGACAUGGACCAGGGAUGGGAGCUUUUGGAUGACUUCGACCUGACGGUGAAACCCGUCAGCACAGUUCACGCUGAGGCUGAUCCAGCGGAUUCCUUCAACUGGCAGAGCGACCUCGUUCAAGAUGGCCAAGAAGUUGUGCUGACCGAGGAGCAGCAGCGAGGAAGGUACCGGGAGUACGUGGAACGCAACAUCGGCGCCGUGCUCAAGGAGAACAAACUGUGUGUGACUGCCGUGGACGAAGGUGAAAAUGUCCUCAGUGUUGACGUGCCUAAGCUUGGCAUUGAGCUCCGAGGACGCACAGAUCUCCUCGUAUUGAGUGAUAUCGUAGAGGAAACCUCAGAUUAUUUGAUGCACUUGCCUGAAGUGAAGAUGCUGAUUGAAGUGAAAAGAGACGCCGAAGCGUCCGACUUCCAGGCGUUGUCAGAGCUGAUCGCCUUGGAUAUUCUCGCGGAGGACCCAGUGAUGGCUCUGCUUACCGACUUGAACCAGAGCUGGAAGUUCUUUUGGGUGUCCAAGAAGAGCGACGACUCCGACUGCAUCUGCAAAGCGACCAUCAAAUCUCCAGGCGAGGCCUUCCAGGUGAUCCGAGCGCUCUUGACGGCUUCUGCAGAGACCAAGCUCCCGUGCUUUCACCAACCUUUGAAACGAUUGAAACUAUCCCAACACCGCGGGUACAAGAACGCCGAGUGCCUCCAGCAAUACUACAAAGUCGCUGAAGUGUCAGGCCCCGACUACGAGCUGGCACGCGCUGUGGCUGAGCAUCUCGUCCGAUCGAUGCCUGGGUAUUGUUGCGCGAACGAAUCUGAGCCCUGA